AUGGCCGCGGAGCUCACGUCAACGAAACUCAAUGCGGAGAACCAUCUUCUCUUGGACCAACCGCUCCUCCGUUUACCCCACGAACUCGCCCGUCGAAACUUCAAGUCCGUCCAACGGGUUGUCGAGCGCGAAAAGGAAAAUGUCCUCCCAGCACUCAAAGAUGCCGCCAAUAAUUCGUUAUCGGGGUCUCACACGCCGGACCAGACACUUGCCGCGCUUGAUGCGAUGUUAUCCCGCAUGCAAGGGCUGAAGCGGAAGAUGGAGAAUCUACAGGGAGAAGAGAGGAAGGUACAGGAUCAGUCGAAGAAGCGCAUACAAUAUCUGGAGAGUUUGCACCAGAUCCCCAGUCUGGUGGAUGUUAAAUAUGAUGAGUGGUCUAGGACUAGGUUGGACAGGCUGAUGGUGGAUCAUAUGCUCCGGUCUGGGUAUUCGGAGAGUGCGAAGCAAUUGGCGCAGGAGAAGGGUAUUGAGGAUCUCGUGGAUAUAAAUGUUUUCGUGCAGUGUCAGCGGAUCGCGGAUAGUCUACGUCACGGAGAGACCAAGGAGGCAUUGCAAUGGUGCGGGGAGAAUAAGGCAGGUCUAAAGAAGAGUCAGUAUAACUUGGAAUUUGAACUGCGAUUGCAGCAAUACAUCGAAAUGAUACGGAUUGGUGAUAAAAAGAAGCUGAUCGAGGCUAUGCUGCAUGCAAAGAAAUACCUUACACCGUAUAUGGAGACUCAGUCGACCGAAAUCAGCCAUGCUGCAGGACUUCUUGCAUUCCCCCGCGAUACUAAGGCCGAGCCUUACAGAGCGAUGUACUCUUCGGUUCGAUGGACUCAUCUUGCGGAACUCUUUGUCCGUACCCAUCAUGAACUUCUAUCGCUGCCAUCACGUCCUCUAUUACAUAUUGCGCUAUCUGCUGGGUUGUCGGCGCUGAAGACGCCCUCCUGCCACUCGGAGUACACUUCGUCGAGGUCUAAUUCACUGUCUACCACAACUUCUGUUUGUCCGAUCUGUUCAACCGAGUUGAAUGAGCUGGCACGGAACAUGCCCUAUGCACAUCACACAAAGAGCUACAUCGAAAGCGAUCCAAUUGUCUUGCCGAAUGGCAGGGUUUACGGCCAAGAACGUUUGUUGAAUAUGAACAAGAACGUUGGUUGUAUCGAAGCAGGGACCAUCAAAGACCCAACCACCGGCGAAGUUUUCGAGGAGGGCGACAUGAAGAGAGUGUACAUCAUGUAA